UGAGAGAAAAUGAAAGAUGGCCAUUCCCAUAGCGCUAAUUGUGGUAUUCGCUCAUAUUUUGGGUGAUUUCCUGGUCUCAGAUGGCGCCGUUUGGCGCAUCCCACUCUAUAAGACCAAAAUACCCUUAUACAAGCGUGAACAGCCGACAGUCCCCAAAAAGCCGCCCGACUACUGCGACAAAGCACUCUGUCCGAGAGGCGUACGCCACAUUUGCUGCAGUGCAAAGUUCGUAAAUUUAAAUAUGAUUUCCACUUUGCAAAAGUGGGGCGACAACUGUCCCAAGCCACGAAAGGGUAUCAACAUGAAAAUUCACGGAGCCAAAAUCAUGGCGGCGCACAACGUGCUGCGCGCCUCUCUGUCGAGCGCGGCGCAACGGCUGCCCAUGGCCAAGCCCCUGCCGAUGCUUCGCUGGGACGUUGAGCUAGCCAAGGUGGCCAUGCGCGUCACAAACUUUUGCAACGAUGACACGUUCGCCAAAUGCGUGAAUGUUCCACGAUUCUUGAACGUGGGUCGUACCUCGUACAGCUUCGAGACCUCGGAGUCGGCCAUAUCGUCAUUCAUAUUUAGCGUUGAUAAAUUCUUCAAGACCAGCCUUGAGGACUUUCCCAUUGAAUCCGUAACGAAAUAUGCGGACACGGCCAACGCGUCACACAGGGCAUUCGCACAGCUGGCCUACUACAAGGCCACCAAAAUGGGCUGCGGCAUGCUGGUGCGCCAGGAGAACAGCCAGUCCAUUGUUUAUGUCACCUGCUUAUAUAACUACCAGGUAAGGCCGAGCCAGAAAAUCUAUGAGCUUGCCAACAGCAGGAGGGGUUAGGUUGCGGCCGAGAAAUAAAUUCAAUAACAAUGGAAUAAACAAAUGCGACAUUUGGUUAGCCGGGAUUUAG